GCAUUAUACUUCCGGUUGUUUUUCGUGUAAGAUAACGAUUCGCCGGUGCUAUUUGCAACCGGUUAUGCAGUUCUAGAUUCUAGUCUAAGUAGAUCUAGAUCUAUCUGUUAGUGUGAAGUAUAAAAAAAAAAAAAUGAAUACUAGAGCAUUAAUUCUAUUGCUCAUACAGGUUUCCGUUUCUGUCUUUGGAAAAAUCAAUCAGGACUCUAUUGAUAGCAAUAUUGUCAUUGCCAAAGUGGAAAGGAAAAUUGAUAUAGCCACGCACCUGGUUAAGACGACUACAUUAAUUACUCUAGAAAACAAAGGCUCUUCUGGAAUUCGAUCUUUUCUCUUUUCCUUAGACCCAUCUCUCAAAGACAACUUGUCGUUUCUGAGUGCAGUGACCAAAGAAAAUAAAGAUGACAAGCUAGAUGUGAAAGAAACCAAUGUAGCAGGUCACGGUGAUAAAAGAUUUUAUCGUAUCACUUUACCCACAACUCUUGAUGCGGGCAAAACAGUGACAGUUGAUGUUGAGGCAGUCUAUGCUCAUGUCUUGAAGCCUUAUCCAUCAGAAAUUACUCAGGCAAAAAAGCAGUUGGUUGUAUUGGAUACCAACCUGUACUUCUACUCUCCAUAUGUAACCAAAAGCCAGACAACAGUUGUCACCACAACAAACUCUAACAUUGAGUCCUAUACUAAGAUUAAACCAGUCACUCAGUCUGAUAAUGUCAUUACUUAUGGUCCUUUUGAAGAGAAAGCUCCAUUUUCUGAGUCCCAGCUCAGAGUUCAUGAAGAAAACAACAGCCCAUUCUUAACUGUCACCAGCAUGGAGAGAGUGAUUGAAGUUUCCCUCUGGGGUAAUAUUGCUGUAGAGGAACACAUUGACAUGAAACACACUGGAGCCACGUUAAAGGGGCCAUUCUCAAGAUUUGAUUAUCAGAGACAGCAAGAUGGUUAUGCCUCUAUUAAAACCUUCAAGACAUCCCUGCCAGCUUCCGCUAGAGAUGUGUAUUAUAGAGAUGAGAUUGGUAACAUAUCCACAUCCAAUAUGCGUGAGCUGGAUGAAUCUGUUGAUGUUGAGUUGCGGCCUAGAUUUCCACUUUUUGGUGGUUGGAAGACCAGAUAUUUUCUUGGUUACAAUGUACCUAGUUAUGAAUACCUGUACUACAAGGGAGAUCACUAUGCCCUAAAGCUGAGAUUUGUUGAUCACAUCUAUGAUGACAUGGUGAUUGAUGAAGUGCAAGUGAAGAUCAUAUUACCAGAAGGAUCAAAAAAUAUAGAACUGAAAGUUCCAUUUGAUGUUGAAAGAAGAGGAGAUGAAAUUCAUUACACUUACCUUGAUACCCUUGGACGUCCAGUGGUUGUUCUCAACAAACAUAAUCUUGUGGAACAGCACAUUCAGGACUUUGAGCUGCACUUCACAUUCCAAAAGCAUCUUUUGUUGCAAGAACCUUUGUUAGUUGUUGGAGUCUUCUAUUUUUUGUUUCUGGCUGUUAUCAUCUAUGUUAGAUUGGAUUUUGCCAUUACAAAGGAUGAGGCUAAAGAAAGCAGAAUGAGAGUCUCUUCUUUGAUUGAUGAAGUUCAGAGUGCUCAUGACCGUCGUAGUGCUUUGUAUCAAAGUUAUGAUGAUGCCAUCAACAAGUUUAAAAGCAGCAAGGAUGUGACGGCUUUCUCAGCUAGCCGGAAAAAGAUUGAUGCUGACUACAAACAGUUGACUCAGCAAAUUCAAAACCUACAAACCCAACUAAAAGCAGAGGGUUCUGAGGCAGCUGAAAAGGUUGCUCAGUUACAACGUUUAGAUACGCUAUACAAGGAGCAGAUUGGCUUGGCUAUAACUGCAGCAGAGAAACUUGUAUCUGGGAAAUUAAACCGCCAGCAGUACUUAGAUACUCAAGCAGCUACUACUGCCAAGUGUGAUGAUACUUACAAGGAAAUGGAAUCCCUGCGAGCUGCUUUGUAAACAAGUUUAGCCACAUGAAAUUGUUUUAAUCUCACCUAGCAACAUUUCAUUGUGUCCGAUGUUUUUGUAUGUUUGAUCAGAAGUUUGUUUCUUAGUGUUUGGAGCAUGUUUUAACUUGGAAUAUGUGUUGCUGUUAAAUUUGAGUAGCCAUUUCUAAAUUUAUUUACUUAUGUCGUGUGUAUUUUGUAUGCACAUUUUAUCCAUUGUUCUAUGGAUAAUAAAGUGUUUUAUUAAAUGUUCCAAA